AUGUCUCUGUAUAUCAUUCAUCUCUGGUUCUUUGAUCUCAAGAUCCGACUGCCUUCGUGGUUGAGUUUCGUUGAGGUACACUCUGUCUCCUUGAAGUCCAGUCUGACCGACUCCCCGAAAGAGCCUCAUGCUCAUAAAGAGCAUCCCAAGCAUUAUAGGCAGGUAAUCUAUGCCUACGAUGCUAUAGGGGAGCGGUGCGAGGUGCCAGAACUGGAACACGACCCUUUCUACUUCCUCGAUCCCCAAAGAGCGUUGGUUCCCACGAAGAACGCCAUCCUGAUCGAUCCAGUCGAGCUGGGAUUACCAUGGAUCUCAACGAUGAAGGGUUCUCCGCAGUGCAUUCACUGGCGAGAGGCCGAGGCUGCUGGCAUGGAGCUGAUCGAGGAAAUCCUUGCGGCGCACGGAGCUGGAGCAGUUAUCCCGGAGAGGCUGAAGACCAAUGAUAAGAAACGUAAAAUGUUGGAGCUCGUGGAGACCGCGGUCACCAUCUGUAUCUAUCUCUACGCGGUCUCCGAUGCAACACGCAUCCGUGUGCUAACCAAGUCGAUUCUCUUCCUUUUCCUUCAUGACGAUGUUAUCGAAUCCACCGUCAACGCGGAAGGAAAUUCAAUUCUCGAAGGCUGGGACACAGAUACCUUUCAAGCCGACGAACUGGACGGCCCUUCGCGAAACGACCUCUUCCUGAAGUUCUGCCGUGAGACAAUUGCGCUAGACCCGGUUCUCGGGCUGGAAUUGAUGCAGGACACUGUCCGGUGGGCACGUUUCUCCCGGACCAACAGCUCCAAACCGGGCAAAGCUCACGGCUGCUGGCAAGAUUUUGUGGCCUUCCGCGAGCUCGAUAUUGCUUACGAUUGCAGCUUCAUGGUCACCGCGGUGCGAUUCGGCGCGGCGAUUCUAUACAAACCCGAAGACCGCCCCGUCUUCAAGUUGAUUGAACAACUGUAUAUUCGACAUUGUCUAUACGUCAACGACCUGUACUCCUACGAGAAGGAGUACCAUGAGUACCAGAAGGAGGGCGCACCGCUGCACAACUCGGUACAUGCGAUCGAGCAGGCACUGUCAGUGCCGCCCGUCUCGGCCAAGUCCAUCUUGCGCUCCAUCCUUUGGGACUGCGAGCGCCAGGUCCGUGAGGAGUAUGUGCGACUUAUGGCGCUGCCAGACUUUAGCGAGGAGCAGAAGACCUACCUGCAGCAUUUGAUCGAAAGUUUUGCCGGCAAUUACAUGUAUUCUUCGACGACCUACCGGUACGCACGUCUGUCGGGUAAGUUGAUCGAGCCGCCAAACAAGGAAUGCAUGCUUCGGGAUUUCAUCUGA